ACCUUUUGUAGAUAUAGAUAAUACUAGAUAAUAAAUUUGUUUUCGUGUAUUGUUAUAAUAAAGAGAUACCUUUAAAUUGCGAAAAUAAUUAUCAUGCUGUUGUUUCUUGAUAAUGGCGAGUUUUGAAAUUUACCAAUCGAAGCACCAAUCAAGCAGUUGCGCUCGCUUAUAUUUUCCGCAGUGAGAAAGUUCGCACUCAUUCAUCGGCAACGUCUGGCUGGCUGAAGCUUUACACGUCAAGAAUUCUGCCAUGUUGCGGCACUUGAUCAUUCUGAGUGUCCUGUUCUGGACGCAGGCCUCCGCUGCGAAGCCGUGCGCCGCGAGGGACGUGAAGAACGAGCAGCGGAUCGUGUGCGUGUGCAACGCCACGUACUGUGACACGGUCGAGCCCACCACGACAUCCCAGCUGGCGGGCAAGACCAUCCGCCACUACAUCACAUCCAAGGCUGGAAAGCGGCUCAGCGUCUCGACCAUGGCCUUCGCCAGCGCCGAAGAGAAAUCCACCGCUGCUGCCAUGGUGACGGUGAUGAGGGAUGUCAAGUACCAGGAGAUCUACGGCUUCGGGGGAGCACCCACAGACUCGGCCUCCUACAACAUCAAGCUGCUGAGCGCGGCCCUGCAGGAGCAGGUCCUGAAGUCCUACUUCGGUCCGGAGGGCAUCGGCUACACCUUCCUGCGGGUCCCGGUUGCUGGCUGCGACUUCUCCCUGAGGUACUACGAGUACGAUGACAACCACGCCGGAGAUGCCCAGCUCAAAUUCUUCAACCUGUCCAACGAGGAUUACCUCUACAAGAUCCCGGUGAUCAAGCGCGCUCAGCAGCUGGCCGGGUCGAGUCUGAAGCUGUUCUCCGCGCCGUGGUCGGCCCCCGAGUGGAUGAAGAACAUCGUCAGCACCACCAAGGCCAGCAGCCUAAAGUCCCAGUACUACUCCACUUACGCCAACUACUACGUCAAGUUUCUGCAGAUGUACGAGAAACAAGGGAUCAAGUUCUGGGGCCUAUCACCGCAGAACGAGCCCUACAACGGCCUGACGAGCGGCGGCUGGAACACCAUGGGCUGGCAGCCGGAGACGCUGCGCAACUGGCUGGUCAGCCACCUGGCCCCCAGUCUCCACGCCGCCGGCUUCAACUACCUCAAGAUCAUGGUGCUCGACGACUCCCGGGGCAAGAUGAAACUGUACGCGGACCUGAACUUCGGUAACUCGACGGUCAGCAAGCUGGUGCACGGCGGGGCCUACCACUGGUACGACAACAACGAGCAGAACCUGCUCAGUCUGGCCGAGAUCCACAAGAAGUUCCCCGACAAGUUCCUGCUCGCCACUGAAGCCUGCUACUUCCAACGAGGGUCCGUCGGUGUCAUCAUGGGAGACUGGGGAAGAGCUGCCAAAUACCUGUCAAGCAUCAUAUCGGACCUGUCCUACUGGAGCAAUGGCUGGAUCGAGUGGAACCUGGCACUAGACGAGAAGGGUGGUCCUAGCUGGUUCGGAAACUCAGCUGACGCGCCCAUUAUCACCAACAAGAAUGCCGGGGAGAUCUACAAGCAGCCUAUGUUCUACGCCAUCGCACACUUCAGCAAGUUUGUGGUGCCCGGCUCGCACCAUGUCAAGUCCGUGCUGACACAGACCACUAACCUGGAGGCCAUAGCUUUCCAGCGGCCAGACAACAUGAUGGCGGUCGUCCUUCACAACCUGGGAGCGACCCAGCUCGAGGUAGUGCUAAAGGAUUCACACAAAGGAGAGAAGACACUGCAGUUGCCUGCUUACAGUGUCAGCACUGUUUUGUACAUGUAAUAAGUGAUAAUCAAAUAUACCAUGUUCAAUGGAAAUAAAAAACCACAAUUCAUCGAUAUUUAAA